AUGCCCUCGGCAUCCAGCGUCGUGUAUUACCUGACACAUCCUGGGGAGUUGCGAUCGAUAAUACAGUGGAAGACAUGGCACAAUGCUGUGCACGAACGAGACGAGACCAAAGAGACAGAAAACCAAAAGAAGUGCUUCCACUACCUCAAUAAGACGAGCAGAAGCUUCGCUGCUGUGAUACAAGAGCUCCAUCCUGAACUUCUAAUGCCAGUAUGUCUCUUCUACCUCAUCCUCCGUGGUCUCGACACUAUCGAAGACGAUACUUCAAUAUCAGCCAAAAAGAAAGAGCCAACCUUGAGGAAUUUUUAUACCUACCUAGAGCUUGAUGGUUGGAACUAUACAGAGAACAGGCCAGAGGAGAAGGAUAGAGAUUUACUCGUCCACUUCGACUGCGUCGUACGAGAGUUCAAGCAGCAGAAGCAAGAGUACAGAGAUAUUAUUGCUGACAUCACGAAGAGAAUGGGAAAUGGUAUGGCCGACUAUUGCUUGAAUGCUGAAUUUAAUGAGAAGGGUGUGGACACGAUCAGGGACUACGACAUGUAUUGCUACUAUGUCGCGGGUCUUGUUGGCGAGGGCUUAACAAGCAUGUUCGUUGAAAGCAAGUUUGGCAACCCGGCCUUGCUCGAUCGACCUCACUUGCAGGUGUCCAUGGGUUUAUUUCUGCAAAAGACCAAUAUCAUUCGAGACAUCAAGGAGGAUUUCGAGGAUAAUAGACGGUUUUGGCCGAGAGAAAUCUGGUCGAACCACGUGGACAACUUUAGUGACCUUCUGAAGCCCGAAAAUCGAGAGAUUGCUCUCAAUUGCAGCUCUGAAAUGGUUCUCAAUGCUCUCGACCACGCUGACGAAUGCCUUUUUUACCUCGCUGGCCUGCGCGAGCAGAGUGUGUUCAAUUUCUGCGCCAUACCACAAUCGAUGGCAAUCGCAACAUUAGCACUUUGUUUCAGGAAUCCAAAAAUGUUUGAGAGAAAUGUCAAGAUCACCAAAGGAGAGGCCUGUCAAUUGAUGUUGGAAUCAACACAGAACCUUCAAGUUGUAUGCGAUGUAUUCAAGAAAUAUACACGUAUCAUACGACGCAAAAAUGUGCCACAGGAUCCCAACUUCCUCAAAAUUAGCAUCGCUUGUGGGAAAAUCGAACAAUUCAUUGAAUCUAUUUUCCCUUCAGCAAAUGUCAAGGAAAUAGUCGCAAAGGGUGAGUUACAGCGCAAGCUCGGUCUUGGUGCUGUUACUCCAAAGAAAGAUGACAAGAAAGACGAUGCGCAGUGGUGGGACUCACUCUACUUGUUUUUAAUGGUGAUGGGUCUGAUAGUUGUUGUUUUCGGAAGCAUGACACUCACCGCGUGGGCUCUUGGUGCUCGAUUCGAUCUCAUCUUCAAGGACUUGAUGCCGUCGAAUUGGGGUCAGCUUAAACAGGACUUCGUUUCCCACGACGGACCAAGGAUUACUUCGAGUCCAGUGGCCCAUCAAGAGCUUUGA